AUGCUCUACUCCUCGCUCGUCGCAGCCUCGUUCCUCCUCCUCGUCUCCUUCGUCUUGUACCGGCAGCGUGGCUUCCUCGUAUCUCUGCUGCCCGUCCACCUCCAGGACCGCGUGCCGCCCUUUCUCCAGCCUUCGCCCAACGACGCCCACGGCGGCAUGCUCGGCGGCUUUUUCUCCUCCUCGCCAUCCUCCACCGCCAGGUACAGCCGCCUCGGCAACUUCGACUGGGGCAACAGCAUUCGCGCAGGCCUCAACAGCUCCCUCUUCGACAUCGAGGCAAACGUCCGCGACGGCGAUCAGAGGUCCGGCCUCGACGAGAGAGGCGCCAUGGACAUCCAGGCCAUCAUGCAGCAGUACGGCGUGUCAUUUGACGAGGCGCGGCUCAUUCGCCACAAGCAGAUCUUGGCCAACAACAACAUCGAUCCACUCACCGGCCUACCGCUCGACAGCAAGGCGGUAACGAGCCUGGGCGGGACAGUCGGCCGGGGCGGCGCGGCCGGGUCAAGCCGCCUUCCCUGA